UGACGUCAUGUAUGCGUCUCUUGUCCAAUAAAUCAUGAGUAAGAACCAAUCAAAAUGCGAGAAUAAUUUGACUUAUAUGCUCUGAGGUAGUCACGUGCUUUUUGACACAGCAUAAUUAUUAAUAAUUAAGUCAUUUUUCUCAUAAUAAUUUGUCGGGUUUGCUUAAUUUCAGAUUGUUAGCCUUAGUUAUCCUUUUGAAGGAAAUUAGUGCUCUUUAUCAUCGACGAUUUUGGGUCCAAACAAAGCUUAGAAGCAGGUGCUUGGGCCGGCAAGAUCUGAUACUGUGGCCGGACUCCUCAAUUUCCUAUCCAAGUAUCCAGUCCAGUUCAAUUCUUCCAGCCCUGGUAUUCACCGGUCACACCAUGAGGGUGUCGUCUCACCUGACACAUCAGGUACAACCCAUCUUGGACGACGAUGAUCAUAAACCGCUGAGAGGCAAAACGAAGGAGGCCUCGAGAGGAACACGAACACGACGGACAUCAGGCAGUGCGGUCUCCCCAACCUCCCCAACAAGGAGAAAAGAUCCGCGACAGAGAGGCCACCAUCCUCCUCCUCCCACAGUCACAUCCCCAACUACAAAGCUACCUCCAUCUCCUCUGAAACACUCCCCAACGGGGGCCUUUUCCCCCACUAAACAUUAUGGACACUCGUUUCCUUCGACACAGCUCUCGCCAAACAGACAUCACCAUGGAUUGCCAGUGUCUCCGUCCUGGGCGCAUCAGCAUCCUCACGGACCCCUCCCUGGAGAACUUCAGAUGGGAGAACACCAUCCCUCUUUGGGACAUGUUCCAUCCAUGCACCCCGGUCAGGUGUCCCCUAUGAUGCAUUCUCCUACUGGGCACGGCCGCACUUCCUUGCAUUCCCCGACGGGACAUGCUGCGCCCCCAUUGCACUUUCCCCCAGGACAAAUGGCUCCUCCUCACCCAUCAGUUCAUCCAGUGCAGCCUUUCUCUCCGACGAGACAUGGUUCCUCGCUGCUGAUGAGUGUCCCUGAAGGUUUUCAUUUGAAUCCAGCUCCCAGAGUGUGUCCUAUAGACAGGACUCUACAACCUACUCCUUUGCCGUCAUUUUUAUGCACGUACAUUCCAAAGGUGACCGCAGGGACGGAUGUCUAUCGCUGCAGUGAUCGUAGUUCUGCUUACGAGAUUCAGAGCGUACUGCAGGGGGGUUCUGACCUGUGCAGGAACCUCCUACUGUACGGCACGCCUGACCUUCAAGACUUGCAAUAUGCCAAGCAACACCUUUUCCCUGCGCCUCUAGGUGGAAUGGAAAGAGCCACUCCCCCGAAUGGAUGGUCCUUCGUACAAAUUCCAGACCGUAACUCGCUUAUCACAGACAGUGGCAAGUUAACAGUGCUUGAUGGACUACUGAGGAAACUAAAGAUGCAGGGACACAGGGUGCUCAUAUAUUCACAAAUGACCAGGAUGAUUGAUCUGUUGGAGGAGUACAUGACUUACAGAAAACACAAAUACAUGCGCUUGGAUGGUUCCUCAAAAAUCUCCGACAGAAGAGACAUGGUGGCUGACUUCCAAUCCAACGCGGAUAUUUUCGUUUUUCUGCUAAGUACCCGAGCGGGAGGUCUGGGAAUCAAUCUGACGGCUGCCGAUACGGUUAUCUUCUAUGACAGUGAUUGGAAUCCCACAGUCGAUCAGCAGGCCAUGGACCGCGCCCAUCGCCUGGGUCAGACUCGACAAGUGACCGUGUACAGACUGGUAACUAAAGGUUCUAUUGAAGAGAGAAUUCUUCAAAGAGCGAAAGAGAAAAGCGAGAUUCAAAAAAUGGUGAUAUCAGGUGGUCAUUUCAAACCAGAAGCUUUGAAACCCAAAGAAGUGGUUUCUUUGCUUCUUGACGAUGCUGAACUGGAAUGCAAGUUUCUUCAACGGCAAGCUGAAAAGAAAGCCGACGAACAGCGACGCAGAAGAGAAAGAAAGCGAAAGAAGACAGGACCAGCUGAGGUGGGCGAAGGUGUGUCACCAAGUAUUGAGCUUCUUGAUGGAACACCUCCAGCUAAGGCCAAGAAGGGGCGCAAAAGUAAGAGUUCACUUGUGCCACCUGCACCUGAAGGGUCCAUAUCUAGUUCCAAGCCAACUUCUGAGACCAGCAGUAUAACUGGAGAAGGUCUGGGUAUGAGGACUGGCGAAGCGUUUGAUGGCGACGGCACAGUGGGUGAUGAUAUCAGUGUGUUGAGUCUAGAUGAAGUUUCGCUGGCGUCAGGUGAUCUAUCAGUGGACAUACCUCCAAGCAACACAGGCACGCCCCUGAGCUUAAAGCCCGAGGUAGAUGACUUGGAUGAUCCUCGCAGCGAGAACGCCAGCCCCGCCCUAUCGGACUCCUCUAGUAAAAGAGGCAGGGGUAGGGGCCGGGGAAGAGGGCGAGGACGGGGAAUCCCUUCCAGCAGGGGACGAGGGGCGUCUAGUAUACGAGGAACGCGGACACGAGGACGUGGACGUGGAACCGGAGGAGCGCUGGCUGCCUCUGCUGCCGCAUCUGCUGCCGCCGCGGCUGCAUCAGCGGCAGCGUAUGCUGCCUACGGCUUCUCCUUCCAAGGAACAAGUACUCCGAAUCCCACUCCACCUCCCACGCGGUCCAGUCCGGUGGCGUUUGGUGCGGGUGGGCCUUAUGGUAACAUCAGCCAUCCUGUGGCACGGUAUGAUAACUCAUCCGGGUAUUCACCAGCUCCGAGUGCAGAGAACAGUCCGGCUAGAUCUUCAUCACAAGCGUCUGCGCGCGUUAAUAGUCAGCAGUCGUCUUCUCCAUCUUAAAAGACCACAUGACAUUGCGAGGAAAAAAAGUGGGUCAGUUGUGUUCGUCCGUUAAUGCAAACUACUUUUUU